AUACAGCUAUUGCUGAAGGUCGGGUGGUCACACCUGGGAGAGGGUCAAAGCACAGGCCCAGGUGUUAGCCGGAGCCGCCCUUCAGUGGGCAGGUGCUCCGUGAAGCUGACAUGCUCCCAGCUGCUCAGUGGGGGAAGCCAGCGUGGGUGCCACUGUAGGAGGCACGGGCUUGUCACUUGACCCUGUGGCCCUGAGUUGGCCCCUCUGACGUGGCUCGUCUUCAGCCCCCAGCGGGCCCCAUGGGAUUUCCUGAGCUCCUGGACCAAGUUGGCGGCCUGGGCAAGUUCCAGUUUCUCCAAGCGGUGGCCCUGGUGGUCCCCAUCAUGUGUGUCACCACCCAGAACAUGCUGGAAAACUUUUCCGCUGCUGUGCCCAGCCACCGCUGUUGGGUGCCGCUCUUGGAUAACAGCACCACCCAAGCCAGUGUCCCUGGGACCCUGGACCCCAAGGCCCUCCUGGCCGUGUCCAUCCCAGUAGGCCCCAACCAGCAGCCCCACCCAUGCCGCCGCUUCCGCCAGCCACAGUGGCAGCUCCUGGACCCCAAUGCCACAGCCACCAACUGGAGCGAGGCUGCCACGGAGCCCUGUGUGGACGGCUGGGUGUACGACCACAGCACCUUCACUGCCACCGUGGUGACCAAGUGGGACCUGGUGUGUGACUCUCAGGCCCUGAAGCCCAUGGCCCAGUCCAUUUUCCUGGCUGGGAUCCUGGUGGGUGCUGCAGUAUGUGGUCACACCUCAGACAGGUUUGGGCGCAGGGUGGUGCUGAGCUGGAGCUACCUUCAGAUAGCCGUGUCAGGCACAGCGGCCGCCUUCACCCCCACCUUCCCGCUCUACUGCCUGUUCCGCUUCCUGUCAGCCUUCGCGGUGGCGGGUGUCAUGAUGAGCACAACCAGUCUCUUGAUGGAGUGGACGUCAGCACAGGCCCGCCUCUUGAUGAUGACCUUGAAUUCUCUGGGCUUCAGCUUCGGCCAAAUCCUGAUGGCUGUGAUGGGCUAUGGCCUGCGUCACUGGGCACUGCUGCAGCUGGCCGUCUCUGCCCCUUUCUUCCUCUGCUUUGUCUACUCAUGGUGGCUGCCAGAGUCAGCACGGUGGCUGCUGUCAAUGGGAAAGCUGGGUCUCGGCCUGCAGGAGCUGCAGAAGGUGGCCUCCAUCAACCGGAAGACAGCAGGGGACACCCUGACCAGGGAGGCCUUGCUCUCAGCUAUGCAGGAAGAGUCUGGUGGGGCUCAGGCUUCCGCAAGCCUGGGUGCCCUGCUCCACGCACCCAGCCUGCGCCUCCGGACCUGGAUCUCCAUGCUAUGCUGGUUUGCCUUUGGCUUUACUUUCUACGGCCUGGCCCUGGACCUCCAGGCCAUGGGCAGCAACAUCUUCCUACUCCAAGGGCUCAUCGGGGUGGUAGACAUCCCCACCAAGAUGGGCACCAAUCUGCUGCUGGGCCGCCUGGGCCGCCGCCCCUCACAGGCCGGCUCCCUGGUGCUGCCCGGGCUCUGCAUCUUGGCCAACACAGUGGUGCCACACGACAUGGGGUCACUGCGUUCAGCCCUGGCCGUGCUGGGGCUGGGCUCACUGGGGGCUGCCUUCACCUGCCUCACGGUCUACAGCAGUGAGCUCUUCCCCACUGUGCUCAGGAUGACAGCUGUGGGCCUGGGUCAGAUGGCUGCCCGAGGGGGAGCCAUCCUGGGGCCCCUGGUCCGGAUGCUGGGCAUCCACAGCCCUUCACUGCCCCUGCUGUUAUACGGGGCAGUGCCGGUGCUGAGUGGCUUGGCCGCACUGCUGCUGCCCGAGACCCAGAACAUGCCGCUGCCUGACACCCUCCAAGAUGUGCAGAACCAGGCAGUAAAGAAAGUGACACACAGCACACCAGCGCCCUGCAUCCUGAUGUCCACAGGACUCUAGCCUCCUACCAGCCCACCAUGGGGCGAAGAGGAAGAGGAGAUAGCUUCUGGGGGCAACAGAGGUGCUUGAAGGCUCCAGUUCCAGGGACCCAGGGCUGCCCUCCCCAGAACCCCCUGUCAGGAGCCCCCUCUGGCCCAGAAAGGUCAAAGGACACUUGACUGGCAGGAACCUGCCCUGUGGACCGUCACCAGCCUGAUGCCCCCAACCUCCUUGGCUGUCAGGUCAAGGGAUGCCUCUCGCUGCUCUCUGCCCGCUUCCCACUGGUCCCAGGGCACAGAGCUGACUGCCACCUCCCCUGGCUCAGCACAAGCAAUGAGGUCUCAAGCGCGCAGUGUCACUCCUGGCCUGUGGCAGCCUGGCCCGGCCACUUUGGCCCACAGCCACCCUCACCACACCCCUGCCACAUGCUUGGCCAUGUCUUCUGCAGUUCCCGCCCCUCCUCCACACCGACACGCCUUCCAGGGCGCAGGGCCAGCCCAAGACCUGGUGACUCUCUGACCCAUGGUCACAGCCACACACCUGUCUUCACCACUCGUCAGUCAAGGGAUCUCCAGAGAGCCAGGUGGCCUCGUGUCCCAGAGCUGGCUGGAGGGGCCUCCACACGAGGGAUGAAACAAUGAGUAAAAGAUGGGACAAAGCA